GACUCCCGGACCGAGACCGAACCGGGGCAGGAUGAAGGCGGCGGCAAUUAAGACCCCCAGAAGGAACGUGGUGAAGAAAGUAUCUGGCAACAAUCAGAAGGACCCUGUUGGGGUGUACUGUCGGGUGCGUCCGGUGCCAGAUCAAGAAUGCUGCAUCGAAGUGGUCAGCAGCACCACUGUCCAGGUUCACCCACCCGACGGGUACCGCAGCAACCGCAACGGGGAGUAUAAAGAGGUGCAAUAUUCGUUUAAAGAGGUGUUUGGCCCCAGCGGCUCUCAAAGAUGGGUUUUUGAUACGGUUGCUAAGCCUCUUGUGGAAGACCUCAUCCAUGGAAAAAAUGGUCUCCUUUUUACGUAUGGUGUUACGGGGAGUGGGAAAACCCACACGAUGACAGGCUCCCCAGGCGACGGCGGGCUCCUUCCCCGGUGCUUAGACAUGAUCUUCAACAGCAUUGGGCCGCUCCAGGCCAAACGAUAUGUUUUUACGCUUGAUGAGAAGAAUGGGGUUGAGGUCCAGUGCGAAGUCGAUGCACUGCUUGAACGUCAGAAGAGGGAAGCACUGCCAGUUCCAAAAACGCCGUCUGGCAAGCGGCAAAUAGACCCCGAAAUUGCUGACAUGAUCAACGUUCAAGAUAACUGCAAGCUGGAAGAUGUCGACGAAGACAACGUCUACGGCGUGUUUGUCUCUUACAUUGAGAUCUAUAACAACUACAUCUAUGACCUGCUGGACGAAGCUCCUUUUGAGCCCAUCAAACCAAAGCCCCCACAGUCCAAAAUACUCCGGGAGGAUCAGAAUCACAACAUGUAUGUUGCAGGAUGCACAGAAGUAGAAGUGAAAUCCACGGAGGAAGCUUUUGAAGUCUUCUGGAGAGGCCAAAAGAAGAGACGCAUUGCCAACACACAGCUGAAUCGGGAAUCCAGCCGUUCGCACAGUGUGUUCCUCAUCAAAUUAGCCCAGGCUCCGCUGGAUGCAGAUGGAGACAAUGUUCUACAGGACAAGGAGCUGAUCACCUUGAGCCAGCUCUCUUUGGUCGACCUGGCAGGGAGCGAAAGGACAAACAGAACCAAAGCCGAAGGCAGCCGGUUACGCGAAGCAGGGAAUAUUAAUCAGUCAUUAAUGACGCUGAGGACUUGCAUAGAGGCCCUACGAGAGAACCAGACAUAUGGGACCAACAAGAUGGUCCCCUAUCGAGACUCCAAACUAACCCAUCUUUUCAAGAACUACUUUGACGGAGAAGGAAAAGUGCGGAUGAUUGUCUGUGUCAACCCAAAGGCCGAAGACUACGAUGAGAGUUUGCAAGUGCUGAGGUUUGCAGAGAUCACCCAAGAAGUGGAGGUGGCGAGACCUCUUGACAAGCCGCUAUGUGGGUUAACCCCCGGUCGCCGGUUUAAGAAUCAGGCCUUCCAGGAGGAGCUUUCGCGGCAGCUGGAAAUCCGAGGUGGCCCAAUUGAGGGGGAUCGAGAGCAGUCUGUCACAGAGAUGCUCCUGCAGAGCAUUCCUCCGAUGCCUUCCUGUGAGCUCCUUGACAUCAACGAUGACCAGACCCUUCCUCGGCUGAUCAAAGUGCUUGAGAAGCGCUACAGCAUCCGGCAGAGGCUAACCGAAGAGUUCAACAAGAACGCGCUUUUUGUGAGGGGCAUGCUGCAGGAAGUCGAUGCCAGCCUCGUCUCCAAGGAGAACUACACUCAGGCCAGAAUGGCCGAGAAGGACAAAACAAUCGUCGGACAAAAAACAGAGAUCGAGCGACUGGAGAAGAAAGCCAAAACUCUGGAAUAUAAGAUUGACAUCUUGGAGAAAACGACAGCCAUUUACGAAGACGAGAAGCGCAACCUGCAGCAGGAGCUGGAUGCCCGAAGCCAGAAGCUGCAGCGCCAGGCAUCUGAUAAGCGCCGGCUGGAAGCACGGCUGCAGGGCAUGGUGACAGAGACCACAAUGAAAUGGGAGAAGGAAUGCGAGCGGCGGGUGGCAGCCAAGCAGCUGGAGAUGCAGAACAAGCUCUGGGUGAAGGACGAGAAGCUGAAACAGCUGAAAGCCAUCGUCACGGAACCCAAGGGCGGCAAGCCGGAGAGGCCUUCUCGGGAGAAGGACCGGGAGAAAGUCCUGCCACGGUCGCUGUCGCCUCCACCUGUCCCUAUUUCUAGUAACUGUGUCGUCACUCAGCUCCCUGCCCACCUGCCCGCCACAGUUGGGCCACAACUGCACAGGCGCUCUAACUCGUGCGACAGCAUUUCCGUGGCCUCCUGCAUCUCGGACUGGGAGCAGAGAAGGCCUGCCCUCGGCAGCAAGCACCCCAGCGGCAUGACGCCCACGGCUAGGAGUCGGCUGCAGGAGCCGGAGCGAGCUAGGCCCUGUGCUGCGGCAGAGAGGAGGCGGGGCAUGCAGUGGACCGGCACCCCGGAGGUCCCCGGCGGUAGAGAGAACGCUCUGCCAGUCCGUCCCCGGCACAGGCGCUCCCGUUCCGCUGGGGAGAGAUGGGUGGACCACAAGCCACCCUCCAACGUACAGACCGAAACGGUCAUGCAGCCCUACGUCCCCCAUGCCAUCACCGUGGCGACUGCCAGCGAGAAGACCCUGGCCAAGUGCGACAAGUACAUGCUCACCCACCAGGAGCUGGCCUCCGACGGGGAGAUCGAGACCAGGCUGAUCAAGGGCGACGUUUUUAAGACCAGGGGCGGAGGCCAGGCAGUCCAGUUCACCGAGAUUGAGACCCUGAAACAGGAAUCGCCAACUGGUCGCAAGCGGCGAUCGUCUCCCUCGAAUCCUUCUCCACCCAAUGAUGCUACUGAGUCAGAAUGGACAGAUGUGGAAACACGAUGCUCUGUUGCGCUGGAGAUGAAGGCGGGCUCAAGCCUUGGACCCGGGUACCAACAUCACGCUCAACCCAAGCGCAGGAAACCAUGAGAUCACUUGUUGGAGCGGCUCCGUCGUCCAAGGGAUUUUUUCAGACUGCGUAGCCGGCUAUGCUGGGCAAUGGUUAAAGGGAGAGACUUUAAUAAAGGGCGGGGG